AUGUCACCCAAGACGCCGUCUUCAUCCAUAUCCGGCUCAAUACCAAUAGCUCCUGCUGCAAAUAAUGACCAAAAAAGACAAGAAAAGUAUCCCAAAAUCCAGCCUGCCCUCGCCAUAAAACCAAAACCGGUGCCUAUAGCAGUGCUCCCAAAACCCUCAAAUCAACCAAUCUCCACUUUUGACCCCAACUCGCGGACAACGUCGUUGAAAAAUGACAUUUCUCUUAAUAUUAAUACUUCCAAAAAAUGGGUUCUUCCCCCACGUCCUCGGCCCGGAAGAAAGCCUACGGAGGAAUGCCCCAAGAGAAAAAAGACCCAAGGUGGUGCACCUUCGAGUCAGGCGUCGCCGGUGUGCCAAAACACGUCGAUAACGAAUCAACAGCGUCCAAUAAACUCCAGACAAAUAACCCCCUCUACGCCUCGACAGAACACUACAGCUGCCUCAGGAACCGGACAAAAACUCCAGCCUGUACGGCCACGGCCUGUGGUCGCCGAAUGCACCGAUUCAGAAGAGGUGAAUAAACUCAAACUAGAGUACCUUGCCAAGUUGAAGGAGCAGCAACUCAUACUAAAUUAUAUGGAAGUCAUCACCAAGCAGAUAAAAGAGCUCAAUUUUGUUCAGAAUGGAGUGAUCACUUUCGAUGCAUUGAACGCCGAUUUGCGGACCAAUUCCCGGUCUGGAGAAACCAAACCUCCACCAGAACAAUUGGAAAAAAUUAACAAUAUCAAUGAUCUUGAAAAAUUUCUUGCAUAUCUUACCAAAUCUUCCAAUAUUAUCCACUCUGUCACCAAAAAAUUCAUGGGACUGGACUUGAAUAGUCAACUUAAACAGUACUUGGAACUACGAGAAAAGUGGAAAAAAGACGAUAGAAAACGACAACCAAUUUUACCCAAGCCAACCCCGCCGUUACAGCCUACAAGUCCAGCACUAUUGCUGGAUGAAAUUACUCCACGAUGUCCGAGAUGUGACAAUAAUCCAUGUUUCUGUCUCGACGUCGAUGGACCAGUAAAAUGA